AUGGCGUCUGAAACGAGACCCGCGAAAUAUACCCAGCUAGUCGUAGACGAGGAAGAACCGAUUAUUGAGGCUAAACUAUAUCGGUACAUUACUUCGUUGGACGAAUCGCCAGCUUGUUACACGCGCUUCUUCGAUGCACUGCUGAUACAAAGAGGGUCUCGUGCUCAAUUCUUUCACGACCUGAAAACGUUCCGAGAACAACCGACCAUCGUCGCAUUGCUCGAAUCGGGCACCAGGGAGGGCUAUCGGACAUGCACGCAAAGGUUCGUCACUUCUCGAUUCGCCCACCCUUGGUGUCGGAUCAACAGCGACUUCAAGUCCGGCUGGAGUCGGGCAGCCUGGGUCGGCGGCACGAAGAAGGUGACCAAGGAUGACAGGAAGGAAGAGGAACGCCUGCAUCGACUCCUGGUGCCGAUCUGGAUUGCUUUCCAGAGGCGGAUGUUCCCAGGUCAGGAAGCUCUGGACGAAUGGAUAGCGAAAAACGAUGAGUUGGCCACCAAGAGAAAAGUCCAGGCUGAAGAGAGAGCCAAGGCUGAGAAAGGGUUGGAAGGGAGGAGUCCGGACGAUGCAACAGCUACCUACCCUGAGCUUGGCUUCAAACUGGCCGACGACCCAACAUCAGCACCACCAACUCAACCGACAGGUUCUUUGCCACCAGCAUCCGGCGCCACCACUGCGGCCCAGGUCUUUCUUGGAACCGCUGUUGGUGGUUUCAUUAUGAGUGAUAAACGAGUCAUGAAAUAUGUCAAGAAGAAGCUCAAGAAGAAGUGA